CAACCACCAGACAGACACACCCACGUGUCUCCAUUUACGUGACGAAGAUGAUGAACACACACCCACAACACACAUUACACACACAACACAUUGUUGAACAACAAUCUGCAACCCCAUGUUCGUUUUACUGGAUUAGGUUAACCUAAUUUCUUCUCCUGCGAUCAUAAAGCUAUGGCUUUCACAGUAAUCCCCAAUCUAUCUCCUCCAACUUUCACUCGUCUCCAUCUUCAUCAAUCCUCACAGAAACCUCCAUCUUCAUCUUCAUCGCAUUCCGCAACUCACCACAACCAUAACGGUGUCAGUGUACAAUCCUCCGUCGAAUCGCCGCCGGUUCGUGUCAGGGUUACUCCACCGAGCGAUCCUCGACAAGAUUUCUACGUUAAUCUCGGCUUAGCUGUUCGAACUCUCCGCCAUGACUUGCCUCUCCUCUUCUCUACAGAUCUCAAUUACGAAAUCUACAGAGACGAUAUCACCUUCGUUGAUCCUCUGAACAAGUUCACCGGAAUCGAAAACUACAAGCUCAUCUUCCGUGCAUUACGUUUUCACGGCCGUAUCCUAUUCAAAGACAUCUCCUUGGAGAUUUUUAGGGUUUGGCAGCCAUCGGAGAACCUAAUUUUGAUCCGAUGGAACCUCAAAGGAACCCCUCGUGUCCCAUGGGAAGCUAAAGGCGAGUUCCAAGGUACUUCCCGUUACAAACUGGAUCGAAAUGGCAAAAUCUACGAGCAUAAAGUCGAUAAUCUGGCUUUCAAUUUCCCUAAACAGCUAAAACCAGCUACAUCUGUUCUUGAUUUUGUCUCUGUUUGUCCUCCUGCUACACCUAACCCUACAUUCUCAUGGGCUACUACUACCCUAGAUUCUACCUAUUCAUCUUCUUCAUGGCUAGACUUCUAUCGUGCAGUUAAGAACACAUUGGAUCCUAGCUAUACCUAUGAUUAUGAUUAUUCCGGUUUGCUAGAUUACCAGCUAGUAGCCACUUGUUUAUAGUCAGUGUGUUCAUUUAUUGUUAUGUAUACACAUACUCUACAUUAUACGAUAUAACAAC